AUGUCUCCAAUAACUUUGUAUAUGAUCAUGGUCAUUUUAACAAAACUGCUGACCAUGUAUCACGCGGUUUAUUGUUACGACAAGGGAGCAAUAAAUUUCAAGAGACAAUCUCUAUAUCAUGUAGCGAGUAACACCAAUGUUGAUGUGAUUGAUGCCAGAUACAAUUUUAGCAAUAGACCGGUUAAUAGAAAAUCGCUAUUCGGAAUUCGGUCCCGUAAUUUGUGUUCAGUGUUGUGCCUAGCUGAGAACUUGUUUGCUUGUAAGGGGUUUGAAUUUGAAGCCGGUACUGGAUUCUGUAAAUUGGUUACUGGGUUUCUAACUGGUGAUUAUGGCUCAAGUUUUGGUAAUUUGCAAAAGUUCAGAACCAAAGAAGUCUGCCCUGUAAACUCAACCUACGUGCCGUCAAUAAGGUCUUGCGUGACAUUGAUGGUAGGAAAGAUGAAAUGGUCAGACGGUAGGGUCAUGUGCAACAACUGGACAUCCAACUCGCAUCCAGUUAUUUUGGAUCGCUCGGACACUUUCAACGCCGUGCAGAUCUAUCUGAAUUCAAUACCAAUGGCCACUCUCACCCAAUGUAAGGACAUGAUUAAUUGGAAAAUUUGGACAUCCGGAAUACAGCAGCAGUCAGGUGGUAUUGUCUGGCAACCCUAUCGGGAUGGUGUCAUGUUCCCCAUUGCUAGUUCAAACCUUUUGAAUGCGUUUCAAGGGGGUGGGGGUGGGACUGGAGCACUCGAGAGUACGGCUGUAGUGUCAAUAUCAUGUAAGUCCAAAUAA